UGCUUAACCUUCCCCUUCCAUCUGAGUCAUGUCUCUCCUCAACUUCCCAGGUCUGCUGCCUUUAUUUUUAUCACCGUGCUGCCCCCGUAUCGCAUGGGAAGCCUGGAGCAUCCCAUGCCUGGAAUAUCCUUCCAGUUGCUUCCUAGAACCUCUCUUGGAAUAAACGUGGAAAAAACAAAACAAAACAAAACAACUCAUGUAAUAUUGGAAUCCUAGGUGGAUUCAUGACCAGUGUCAGAUGUAGUUUUGGGCUUAUUCCUGAUUAUAAUUGCUAACUCCUUUUCUCUUAUCACUCUCACUUCAGGUAGACUUAUUUUGGUUUCAUCCAAAGUGAAUUUAGUCUUUAUUUGUAUUUGAUGUUAUCAUCUACUUAUGUAUAGAAAUAGCCCUGGAACUUUGACAUAUUCAGCUCAAUCAGUCCUGUCUUUGUCGGAAUAUGAGACUCUUAAGGGAGGGCGAUAUCUAGGCUUGGCCAAGAUGCUUUCUGCACAAAGCUCUUUCUGACUUGUGUGGUCUCAGGGUGCUCUCAAGUCCUUAUUAAAUUAUUUUAGUUGCUCAACUGAAGGAAAAUUCUUAGUUAUAUGUUAUUUUUUGAAGCCUUCUCUGUUAAUAAAUAGGCACCAAAAAGAAAAACCUGCUGGUUUUAGACUUUAAAUUUAUUUUCCUCUCUGUCAAUUAAUUAUUUCUUCAUAGAAAUGGUGUUUGAGAUAUGUAUUUUUUUCUUUUUCAGAAUUAAGAAGCUCAAAAGGCUUCAGCUUAUACUUUAAAGGUUCUUUUUUGGGGCUUAGUUUUCUAAGACCAAAGAAAAAAACCCAAGCCCACAGUUGAGAAACUGAGUUGUUAACAUUCUUCAACAGGAAAUUCCUGUAAAGGAAGCAGGUUUACUCACUCUUUCAACUAACCCUAACCACAAACCUAUCUAGUGGAGGAGGUUGAUCAGAGAAGAGUCUCAGAUACUUCGUCCUCGGGGCAUUUCCUUCCACUGCUGGAGGUAGUUAAUUUGGUUUUUCUGUCUGACCAUGGAUUUGACGAUAUCAGUGGUCACAUACAAAAUAAAAAAGGUUUUCCUUUCUUCUCCAGGCAUAGCUCAUUAUUUCCAAACUUGCGUGAGUUAAAUGGCUAUCUUUUCAUCUUCAGGUAGCUCUCUGGCUAGAAAGACCAAUAGUAGGAUUCUUUGAAAAUGGAUAUUCCCAUGUGUUCUUCAGAUAAAAACGCCGGCAGGCACUGAAAUAAGGACUUGACAUUUCUUCCUGUUUUCUAUGCCUUAAGGACAGAAAAUAAAGACAUGAAGAGGAUUCUCAGGGCAGAGCUCGGAAUCACAAUGCACUACUGUCUGGCAACAGAAUAAAUUUACUGAAGUGGUGAUAUAGGGACCCAGGGAGAAUAAUGCUCUGUCUGGCCUGGAUAUUUAUUUGGUUUGUUGCAAGAGAGAGAAUUGAAGGAUUUAAUAUUUCAGAUUGCUCCACCAAGAAAUUUCUCUGGGCUUAUUCAGCAAGAAGUGAAGAGGAGUUUGUCUUAUUUUGUGAUUUAUCAGAGCUACAGAAAUCGCAUUUACACCACAGAAAUCAAAUCUCACCAACCCAAGGCUCUGAGCACUUGCCCUGCAGUGGCAGUAAGGACCUAUCUGAUGUCCAGUGGUACCUGCAACUUCAAAAUGGAGAACCAUUAGUGGAAGUUACUGAAAACCAUCCUCACAUCAUCCAGGACAAGAACACCCUCCGUUUUCUGACCACAGGGAUGAAUAAUGCUGGGUCAUAUAUUUGUAGACCCAGGAUUAGGAGCCCUCAGGAUGAGGCCUGUUGUGUCAAGACUGUCUUAGACGUCAAGCCCAAGACAAAUGCAUCCUGUACGAGCCCUGUCAGAUCACAUAAGCAGUGCCUUCUUCUUGGUAGCAUUAGCUCUAUCUAUUGCCCCAGUCUUGGCUGCCAAAGUGACUCACGAAGUCCAGAGGUGACCUGGUACCAGAAUGGAAAACUACUUCCUGACGAAAGGAACAACCGGAUCAUCAUGGAUGAAAUUUACGACUAUCAUCAGGGCACGUAUGUGUGUGACUACACUGAGUCGGAUAAUACGAGUUCGUGGACAGUCAGGGCUGUUGUUCAAGUGAGAACCAUUGUGAAAAACACUAAUCUCAAGCCAGAUAUUCUGGAUCCCACCAAGGACACACUGGAAGUCGAACUUGGAAAGCCUUUAACUCUUAACUGCACGGUGAGAUUUGGCUUCGAAGAGCACUUUAAACCAGUGAUAAAAUGGUACAUCAAAGAUUCUAAUCAGGAGUGGGAAGUCCCUGCACCUGAGGGGAAAAGUGUUAAAUCCACUUUGAAGGAUGAAGUCAUUGAGCGUGUUGUCUUCUUGAAAGAAGUUACUCAGCAUGAUCUUCGUAGGAAGUUUAUUUGCUUUGCCCAGAACUCCAUUGGGAACACAAGCCAGUCCAUCCAACUGAGAGAAAAGAAAGGAGUGGUGCUUGUAUACAUCCUGCUUGGCACCAUCAUGACCUUGGCAGGCUCGCUGAUGGCAGGGGCUCUGCUCUACACGCACUGGAUUGAAAUAGUGCUGCUGUACCGAACCUACUGGAGCAAGGAUGAGACGCUCGGGGAUAAAAAGGUAUUCGAUGCUUUCGUAUCCUAUGCAAAAUGGAGCUCAUUUGAGAGUGAGGCUACUUCACCUCUCAGUGAGGAACACUUGGCCCUGAAUCUGUUCCCUGAAGUUUUGGAAAACAAAUUCGGAUACAAGCUGUGUUUGCUUGAACGAGAUGUGGCCCCAGGAGGAGUGUAUGCAGAAGAUAUCAUGAACAUUAUUAAGAAAAGUAGAAGAGGAAUAUUUAUCUUGAGCCCCAACUAUGUCAAUGGACCCAGUGUCUUUGAGCUACAAGCAGCUGUGAAUCUUGCCUUGGAUGAUCAAACACUUAAACUAAUUUUAAUUAAGUUCUGUUCCUUCCAAGAGCCACAGUCUCUGCCUCAUCUUGUGAGAAAAGCUCUCCGGGUUCUGCCCACAGUCACUUGGAGAGGCUUAAAAUCAGUCCCUCCUAAUUCCAGGUUCUGGACUCAAAUGCACUACCACAUGCCAGUGAAAAACUCUAAAAGAUUCAUGUGGAACCAUCUUAGAACUAUACUAAGAAAUGUUUUUACUAGGAAAGACUCAAAAAAGCAGACACCACUGGGAGGAACUCCCAGCCCAAGGAACGGUGAGAAGGGCCCCGAGCAGCCUUCCCUCUGGCCUCCGGCGGCUGGAGAUGUUGAUGGGAAGGACACAGAGCAGCAGUGGGGCUGAUGUAAAAUGGAAAGUGUUCUGCCAGCCCCAUGCAAGCCUGGCAGGAGCUGGAAUGACACUGAGGCUGUGGGCAGAGCCUCUGAUCUCCUGGAAUGACAGAGGGAGGGGGCUCCUCUGGACAUUUGCACACAUUCAAGAUGCAAGGCCCCCGAGGUUUUCCUAGUGGCCUGUGCAGUACCAGCACGUACAGCCACUUUUGCUUUGUGACCAUGGACUAUCAUGUCUACUGUGUAUGCACAUACAAAUUUAUGUACAUUUUGCAAUCAAA